UAUCAGAUGUUGAAGGUGCUGACGGGUUGCAGCUCAGAAAGGAACAUGCCCUCAAGAUAUUUGCUUACAUCAAUUCCUGGACGCAAAGACAAUGUCUGUGCUGUUUCAAGGAGUAUAAACAUUUGGAGAUCUUUAACCAAGUAGUAUGUGCGCUUAUUAACUUAGUGAUUGCUCAAGUUCAAGCUCUGCGGGACCAGCUCUGUAAACAUUGCACUAUUAAUAUAGAUUCAACAUGGCAAGACCAGAGUAAUCAUGCUGAUGAGCCCCUGAAUGUAGAAAGAGAGUCUCAUGAAGAAGAAAAUGGAGAACGGCAAAAAUCUAUAGAGAAAAAAUUAGAUUCUGCAAGAACUUGUAUGCUGACAGAGGAGGAGUCUGCAAAGAACGCUGAUGCUUUUAGCUUAUGGAGCACUGAUGAGAAGGAAAAGUUGUUGCUGUGUGUGGCAAAAAUCUUUCAGAUUCAGUUUCCUCUGUACACUGCUUAUAAGCAUAAUACUCAUCCCACAAUAGAGGAUAUUUCUGCUCAAGAAAGCAAUAUAUUAGGGGCGUUCUGUGAUAUGAAUGAUGUAGAAGUACCAUUGCACUUGCUUCGUUAUGUUUGUCUGUUUUGUGGAAAAAAUGGCCUUUCCCUCAUGAAGGAUUGUUUUGAAUAUGGAACCCCUGAGACGCUGCCAUUUCUUAUAGCACAUGCAUUUAUCACAGUCGUAUCUAAUAUCAGAAUAUGGCUACACAUCCCUGCUGUCAUGCAGCAUAUUAUACCCUUUAGGACUUAUGUUAUCAGGUAUUUAUGUAAACUGUCAGACCAGGAGUUGCGACAGAGUGCAGCCCGGAACAUGGCAGAUUUAAUGUGGAGCACAGUUAAAGAACCAUUGGAUACAGCCUUGUGUUUUGAUAAAGAAAGUCUUGAUCUUGCGUUUAAAUACUUUAUGUCUCCAACUCUAACAAUGAGAUUGGCUGGGCUGAGUCAAAUAACAAACCAGCUCCAUACCUUCAAUGAUGUGUGUAAUAAUGAGUCAUUAGUUUCAGACACAGAAACGUCAAUUGCAAAAGAGCUUGCAGACUGGCUUAUCAGCAACAAUGUAGUUGAGCACAUUUUUGGACCAAAUUUACAUAUUGAGAUCAUCAAACAGUGCCAAGUGAUUCUGAAUUUUCUUGCAGCUGAAGGAAGACUCAGUACUCAACAUAUAGACUGUAUUUGGGCUGCAGCACAGCUAAAGCAUUGCAGUCGUUACAUACAUGAUUUGUUUCCUUCUUUGAUCAAAAACUUGGACCCUGUCCCACUUAGACAUCUUCUUAACCUAGUGUCAACUCUUCAUCCAAGUGCUCACACUGAACAGACCUUGUAUUUGGCUUCAAUGCUUAUAAAAGCACUGUGGAAUAAUGCACUAGCAGCUAAGGCUCAGCUGUCAAAACAAAGCUCUUUUGCAUCUUUACUGAGUACCAAUCUACCCCUGGGAAACAAAAAAGAAGAGGAGCUCAGAAGAGCAGCCCCUUCACCUUGGUCACCAGCAGCAAGCCCUCAAAGUAGCGACAACAGUGACACCCACCAGAGUGGAGGCAGCGAUAUUGAAAUGGAGGAACAGCUUAUUAACAGAACAAAACAUGUACAGCAGCGACUUUCAGAUACAGAGGAAUCCAUGCAAGGAAGCUCUGAUGAGACAGCCAACAGUGGUGAGGAUGGCAGCAGUGGUCCUGGUAGUAGCAGUGGUCACAGUGAUGGAUCUAGUAACGAGGCCAACUCCAGCCAUGCAAGCCAGUCUGCUGGAAGCCCUGGAAGCGAGGUGCAAUCUGAAGACAUUGCAGAUAUUGAAGCUCUCAAAGAGGAGGAGGAUGAAGAAGAAGAAGACCGGAAUCAUAAUCCCCAGAAAAGCAGCAGGAGCACAGAUCUACGAAGCAGAAAACUGGAAUCACAAACAGGGAUUUGUCUGGGAGAUUCACAAGGGGCAUCGGAGAGGAGUGGUGCAAAUAAUGGGGCUGGAAAGGACCAUGUUUUUAACACUGACUCUGUGACACCAGUGGAUAAUCGAAUUAGAAUGCUAGAUGCUUGCUCGCAUGCUGAGGAUGCAGAGCAUGAUAUGACAGGGGAAAUGAGCACUGCUCACAUUUCACAAGGGUCUCAGGAUUCUUGUAUAACUCACACAGGGGAUUUCCUUGGAGAAACUAUUGGAAAUGAAUUAUUUAACUGUCGAUUAUUCAUUGGGCCACAGCAUCACCACCAUCACCACCACCACCACCACCAUCACCAUGAUGGGCAUAUGGUUGAUGAUAUGCUAAGUGCAGAUGAUGUCAGUUGCAGUAGUUCCCAAGUCAGUGCAAAGUCAGAGAAAAAUAUGGCUGAUUUUGAUGGGGAAGAAUCUGGCUGUGAAGAAGAGCUUGUACAAAUUAAUUCACAUGCUGAGCUAACUUCUCAUCUUCAGCAGCACCUUCCUAACCUCGCCUCUAUCUAUCACGAACAUCUUAGUCAAGGACCAGCAGUUCAUAAACAUCAAUAUAAUAGCAAUGCAGUGACGGACAUUAAUUUGGAUAAUGUUUGUAAGAAAGGAAAUACCCUUUUGUGGGACCUGGUCCAGGAUGAAGAUGCAAUUCAUCUCUCUGAAGGGUUAAUAAAUGAAGCAGAGAAGCUGCUCUGUUCUUUAGUGUGCUGGUUCACUGACAGACAGAUUCGAAUGAGAUUUAUUGAAGGCUGCUUAGAAAAUUUAGCAAACAACAGAUCAGUAGUAGUUUCACUUCGUCUUCUUCCAAAGCUGUUUGGUACGUUUCAACAAUUUGGGAGCAGUUACGAUACACAUUGGAUAACUAUGUGGGCAGAAAAGGAACUUAAUAUGAUGAAACUUUUCUUUGAUAAUUUGGUACACUACAUUCAGGCAGUCAGGGAAGGACGACAUAAACAUGCAUUAUACAGCCACAGUGCAGAAGUUCAGGUUCGUCUUCAAUUCCUGACAUGUGUGUUUUCAACUCUAGGAUCACCAGAUCAUUUCAGGUUGAGUUUAGAACAAGUAGACAUACUGUGGCACUGCUUAGUAGAAGAUUCUGAAUGUUAUGAUGAUGCACUACACUGGUUUUUAAAUCAAGUACGAAGUAAAGAUCAGCAUGCUAUGGGUAUGGAGACUUACAAGCAUCUUUUUUUGGAAAAGAUGCCACAACUAAAACCUGAAACUAUUAGUAUGACUGGCCUAAACCUCUUCCAGCAUUUGUGUAAUUUGGCUCGAUUGGCUACUAGUGCAUAUGAUGGUGGCUCAAACUCAGAGUUGUGUGGAAUGGACCAGUUCUGGGGCAUUGCUUUAAGAGCACAGUCUGUUGAUGUCAGUCGAGCAGCUAUCCAGUAUAUCAACUCUUAUUAUAUCAAUGGUAAAACUGGUCUGGAAAAAGAACAGGAAUUUAUUAGCAAGUGUAUGGAGAGUCUGAUGAUAGCUUCUAGUAACCUUGAGCAAGACUCUCAUUCAAGUCUGACCAUUAUUGAAAGAGGACUCUUAAUGCUGAAGACACACCUGGAGGCUUUUAGGAGAAGGUUUGCGUAUCAUCUGAGACAGUGGCAGAUUGAAGGCACUGGUAUCAGCAGUCACUUGAAAGCCCUGAGUGACAAACAGUCACUACCACUAAGAAUUGUAUGUCAGCCAGCUGGACUUCCUGACAAGAUGACUAUAGAAAUGUAUCCUAGUGAUCAGGUGGCUGAUCUACGGGCAGAAGUCACCCAUUGGUACGAAAAUUUGCAGAAGGAGCAGAUAAAUCAACAAGCACAGCUUCAGGAGUUUGGCCAAAGCAGCCGCAAAGGGGAUUUCCCUGGUGGCCUCAUGGGACCCGUGAGAAUGAUUUCAUCUGGGCAUGAACUGACAACUGAUUAUGAUGAAAAAACACUUCAUGAAUUGGGUUUUAAGGAUAUGCAGAUGGUGUUUGUAUCCCUCGGUGCACCAAGGAGAGAACGUAAAGGUGAAGGUGUCCAGCUUCCAGCAUCUUGCUUACCUCCUCCUCAGAAGGACAACAUUCCAAUGCUUUUACUCCUGCAAGAACCACAUCUUACCACCCUUUUUGAUUUGUUAGAGAUGCUUGCCUCUUUUAAGCCUCCUUCUGGAGAGGUGGCUAUGGAAGACAGUGAGAGUGCAAGAUGUGAAGAACUCCAUCUCCAUGCAGAAAAUUUAUCCAGACGUGUCUGGGAACUGUUAAUGCUUCUGCCAACGUGCCCUAAUAUGUUGCAGGCAUUCCAGAAUAUUUCAGAUGAGCAGGGUAAUGAUGGCUUUAGCUGGAAGGAUCUGCUGCGAAUAAAAAGUGCCCAUAAACUUCUGUAUGCCCUGGAAAUUAUUGAAGCUUUGGGAAAGCCCAACAGGAGAAUAAGACGUGAAUCUACGGGAAGUUACAGCGAUCUUUACCCAGACUCAGAUGAUUCGAGUGAAGAUCAAAUAGAAAAUAGUAAAAACACGUGGAGCUGCAAGUUUGUUGCUGCUGGAGGGCUCCAACAGUUACUAGAAAUUUUCAAUUCUGGAAUCUUAGAGCCAAAAGAACAGGAAUCAUGGACUGUGUGGCAGCUAGACUGUCUUGCUUGCUUGCUGAAACUGAUAUGCCAGUUUGCUGUUGAUCCUUCGGAUCUGGAUUUAGCUUACCAUGAUGUCUUUGCCUGGUCUGGUGUAGCAGAGAGUCACAGAAAAAGAACAUGGCCAGGCAAAUCAAGGAAGACUGCAAGUGACCAUGCAAAGGGCCUUCAUAUACCUCGUUUGACAGAGGUGUUUCUUGUACUUGUCCAGGGAACCAGUUUGAUUCAGCGACUUAUGUCAGUUGCUUAUACAUAUGACAACUUGGCACCUAGGGUGUUGAAAGCUCAGUCUGAUCACAGAUCAAGACAUGAAGUCACUCAUUAUUCAAUGUGGCUCUUGGUGAGUUGGGCUCACUGUUGUUCCUUGGUGAAAUCCAGUCUGGCGGACAGUGAUCAUUUGCAAGACUGGCUAAAGAAACUUACCCUUCUUAUUCCAGAG